AUGGACCUCGUUUCCAACUGUUUGCAAGCUGCUUGGAUGUCCACAGGUGCCCACCGUUUUUCUUGUUUAAAAACAUGUUUAUAUAUGUAUAGUGGCGGCAGGAGAGCAUCUUGGGCCAAUCAUAGACGUCCACGGUCCAGUCAUGUCCAGGACCGGUGGUUUCCGAUACCCCGCGACAGGUCGGAGAAUUGUCAGGUGACCAGGAAGAGAGACUCGUCCAUUGGUGCCAUCUGGCAACGGGAGGGCAAGGUGGUGGGCGCCUUGUUAAUGGGCUCUCCCGGGCCCUCCGCAGAGGACCAGCAGAAGUUGCGGCAGCUGGCAGAAGCACAGCCCGCAGCAGCCGAGGCUGACCAGGCCUUUGCUGAUGCUGGCCUCUGA